AUGGAAGCACGCUACUCCAAAGUGCGCCACAAUGUUGACACGCGUUUGGCAAGUUUGUUUAAAAAGCAUAUAAGAGCUGAUGUUGGAGCGGUUUCAACAUCGUCUCCUUAUAACGGAAAGUGAUUUACGGAGAGGUGUGAACACAGGCACCAACACUGAAGCGAGGAUUCUCACCAGCAAACAGAUAUGAAAGCUCUGGGACACGAGGACAAUCGUUUCACGAGAGAAACCGGGACAAUCAGUCAAUAAGUUGUCAAAGAGAAAACACGUCUGUGAGAAGAUGGUGAAGAAAAAACACACGCCACGACGUCCCAGUCACUCUCCCACUGGCAAGACCAGAACGUCUGUCUCCCGGAUUGCAGACAGCAAAGACCCAAGUCACCUGACUCCACUGGACGACCCAGCGCACGCCGCCGCCCCCGCCGCCGCCGCCCCUCCAGAGCUCCAGACCUCCGGCCAAGGUCAGCCGGGCUUCCCAGACAGAGUGUACCUGCUGGCAUCAGCCAUCUUCCAGAAUAACCACUUGCAGAAACCUGCAGCACAUCAGCUGGUGAAUUAUGGCAGAGAGAGAGGAGUCCCACUGCCUGAAGUCAGAGAUGCGGAGAUGAAACGUGCAGCUUAUGAACUGGCCUUCAAUACGCUGAAAUAUCAAGAGCUCCUGGAGGACAUCAUGAUUGACAGCUACCUUUACCUCUCUCAGUCAAUACCAGAUGAUGAGAUGGGCCUUGUUGCUAUUCUGCUGUAUGACCUCCAGGACAGGAAGUUUCUCCCAAGGGAACCUCACGAGGAGGAGGACAUCGUACAGGAAGUGAGAGAUAUUGAAAAUUAUCUCCUCAGGUGUAAAACCCAGUUGGCUGCCUCUCUGGCUCGCUGCAGGAUUAAACACAAUCUCUUGUCGAUUGAGUGCAUCCUGCCGCAGAGUGUGAAGAUGAAGCAGGAGAGGUCGAGCGGCCUUCCGCUGUAUGCGUGGAUCAACACACUGAACAGCAGUCUUGAUGAAGUCCGGAGUGUGCUGAGGAGUUCAGGCUUCCUUCAGGUGAAAUCGAUCGGGCAGCUCGAGGGCCAGACUUUCUGCAAGGACCCCCACUGUCAGGAUGUGCUGGUGUUCCCCGCUCAGCUGAAAGCUCGGCUGUAUUCCACCAGGCUGCUUAGUGACCACAAACUCAUCAUCCAGGAUAAGUCGUGUAGUUUGGGCCCAAACGCAGUGAGCUCUGCGUUACCUGAUGACGGAGAUGUUCUCAUGGUGGGCUGCUUUUCUGGCCUCACUGUUUCCCACACUGCCUCCCUGAUCACUGACACACACGACGCUAACAGCAGCAACCAGCCCACGGUUUACGUCUGCGUCGGUGACGGUGCGGACGCCCAGAGGGAGGAGCUACGGCAGGUUGUCUCCGACAUGGGCUGCAAAAACGUGAAGCUGAUACCGGAGGUCUUCCAGUCUUUGGACGGUGCUGACAAGAGACUCCAGAGGGUCCGCGCCAUCCUGUUGACUCCCAGGUGUUCUGUGUCUGCGGUCAGCAACCCGGUCGACUACAUACUGCAGGAGAAUGGAGACACAGAUCUGCUGAAGGGCCUGUCCCAGGGCUCCAUAGCCCAGAGCAAACUGGCAGCACUGGUAGCUCAGCAGAGGGAGGAUAUUGUCCAUGCACUGAAAUUCCCGAAGGUGCUGGCAGUGGUUUACACCACCUGUUCUUCAUACCCGGAGGAAAACGAGGAGUUGGUGAGCAGAGCCCUUGAACAAACCAAGGCCCAUUCUGAGCAAGCAGGAGAAGCAAAACAAGCAGACUUCAGGCUCAGUCUGUCCCCGUUCAGCUCUCCUGACACUGCAGACGGUCCAGAGGAAACUGACUCCUUCUUCAUGCUGGAGCCCUCAGAACAGAGUAAUGGCUGCUUCCUGGCUCUUCUCACCAGAGAGCCCGAGCCUGUGGUCAAAGAGGCCCCGCAUGAAGUGCUGGCCAGGGCAAAUGCCAAAGGCCUUCUGGACAGGAUCGGCUCCGACCAGUCAACUAGAAAAGAGCGCCACGGGAGAACCGGCAGGAUGACGAAAGCUGUCCGCGCUCGCACCUAUCAGCCCCGCCUUCCCGUCAGUAUUCGGUCCACCAAAAACCAACAAGACCCCGCAGGGCACGUCAGUACGGCAGUGUGCGGGCGGCAGUCGUCACAAGGGAAACCCAAAGCGUUGAGCUUUAAAGCCUCAAAGAACACAACAUCCAGUUCCCUCUCUUCUUCCUCCUUCAAACAGGAGAGCUCCUGCUCUUCCUCCUCCAAACAGGAGAGCUCCUGCUCUUCCUCCUCCAAACAGGAGAGCUCCUGCUGUUCCUCCUCCAAACAGGAGAGCUCCUGCUCUUCCUCCUCCAAACAGGAGAGCUCCUGCUCUUCCUCCUCCAAACAGGAGAGCUCCUGCUCUUCUUCCUCCAAACCAGAAAACAGCACGUUCACUAAAAGAGUCGCCGUUACAUUCGACGCUGCGACUUCUCCCAGGACUCCGCAUCCCGCCCUUCGUCCUGCUACCCCGCUCGUCCGUCCUCGCAAGGCUCCUCAGGAGGUGCUGAAGCCCGUGGUGCUCGUUCUGCCACCUGUUCACUUCCCCAACUUCCAAACAGGAUUCAGCCCCAACUUCAGCUACAACAAGUGGAGGACCCCCGUUCAGGCCUUGCCCUUCUCCCGCUCCGGCGGUGGCCUCCCCAAGAAUAUUGUGAAGAAAUCCCGACCUCUGUUGUGAGCUCGCAAAAAACCAACACAAAUGUGACGACUGUAGUAGUGUUAAACUUUGUGCCAAGUGCCCACGCGAAUAAAAUCCGUCUCGUAGCCUUUAAUGCUUUAUUCAUUAUUAGAAAAGUCUAGGCAUUAAAUAGAGAACCUGUGUGGUCCGCUGGGAAUAUUGAAGGACACAUUAAAGAAGCUGCCUCUUUU